AAAUAACCUAUAUUUAUAAUAUUACUUUUUAUUAAUUGUUAAAAGUUGUUAUUAUUGAUUCAUUUUGAAUUUUUGAUUACAAGAUAUAAUUAAAAUCAAUAAAUAAAUGUUUAAAUUAAAAUUAGAUCAUUUAUGAAUGCGACAUAACCUAAAAAAUUUUUAAGAUAACCUCCAAAUAAAAAUCAUGAUUCGACACACAAUUUUAUUUAAAAAUGUAUUACAAACGAAAGCGCCGUUACGUUUGAUUCGUUUAAGUUCUAAUACAGUUAAUAUCGAGGAUUUAGAGAAAGAAACUGCUCUUUCCCCUGUUCUUGAUGAGGAAGUAGCACAGCGUGAAGCUGAGCUUGAGAGAAAACGUGAUAAAUCUCGAUUAAAUCCGGCCCAUAGAAACAUGUUACAUGAUCGUAAACCCUACAAUGAAGAAGUACAUUGGUCUCAUAACACCUUAAAUUACCAUAGAAAAAUGUAUGGAAGAUAUGGAGCUUCCAGUGGAGUUAACCCCGCUUAUUGUUGGCCUAUAAAAUCCGAGUUAAUCGAUACAAAAGAAUAUGAAAGGGUAAAAUAUCCGAUGAGUUUAAAAGAAAUGAUUGAAACAAGUAAAAAACUACGUGUUGAAAAAGAAGAAAAGAUUCUUAAGAGACAAAAAGAAAUUUCAACAAAAAUGCUUAAAUUAGACGGAUGGAUAAAAGAUUUACAGAUAAAGGUGGCUAAAAGAGAAAGUGAGGCGAAAGCUGCUAAAGAAAGGAAAGAUAAAUUAAUUGAGGAGGUUCGGAGACACUUUGGGUACACGGUUGAUCCAAGAGAUGAGCGUUUUAAGGAAAUGUUAGUAAAGAAAGAGAAAGAGCAAAAGAAGCAGAUGAAAGAAGCAAAGAAAAAGGUUAAAGAGGCGAAAUACGUGGAGAGAUUAAUUGUUGGUGAAAAAGAAAAACUUGAUACAAAAACAGGAGUUGAUGAAAAAUAGUUUAAAUAAUA